AUGGAGUCUCUGGAUAAGAGAAAAAGAGCCGUCGAAGAUGUUCAAAUAGGGAUUUACGGUAUGAGAGUCGAAGGUUCGGAAGGUUCGGCUUCUUUCGGCGAAGAUGGAAUCGUUGAACUUUUGGCUCAUUCAACGUGCAACAUAAGGUUGUUCGGAAAAGGUUUAAGUCAGAAUUUGCAAGUCGCAUUCACGACGACGGAAACGGACGAUGGAUUUUGCGAAUUUCCCUCGUCGGAAAUAUUCAGGGUGGUCGAAGGUUCGAAAACAAAUUAUUCCGUCGUCGUGAAAAUCCGCGUUCCCUCUCGUCCCGCGAACAACGCGCCCUAUUACCUGUGCAUAAAAACGGGUUCGCCGACGAAUUCGUCGACGGGUUCGCAGAAAAAACUCUGGCACCACCAGGGAUCGGAUGAGUGGCUUCAGUUUCGCGUGUACGAAAGAUUGCUUCCGGUAUGGAUGACGAUCGUCAUUUUAAUAUCGCUAUUAUUUUUUUCCGCAUUGUUUUCGGGUCUCACUCUCGGUCUCAUGUCAAUGGAUAAAACGGAUUUGAAAAUACUUUGCACGACGGGUACGGAACUCGAGAGGCAAUAUGCGUCCGCCAUAAUGCCCGUACGAAGUCACGGAAGUUUGCUUCUUUGCAGUUUGCUACUCGGUAACGUUCUCGUUAAUUCAGUACUCACGAUAUUGAUGGACGAUUUGACAUCCGGUUUGAUCGCCGUCGUUUUUUCAACGCUCGCCAUCGUCAUUUUCGGAGAGAUAAUGCCUCAGGCCAUAUGUUCACGUCACGGUCUCGCAAUCGGAGCUAAAACGAUUUACAUCACCAAGUUUGUCAUAUUGUUGACGUGCGUCGUCGCAUUUCCGAUAAGUAAAAUUCUUGAUUACAUGCUCGGAGAAGAAAUCGGAAACGUUUACAACAGGGAAAGGCUCAAGGAAUUGGUCAAGACGGGAACGGAUAUUGAAAAAGAUGAAGUUAAUAUAAUAUCAGGAGCAUUGGAACUUCGAAAGAAAAACGUUGCGGAAGUCAUGACCAAAUUGGAAGAUGUUUACAUGUUGGACUAUAACGCCAUAUUGGAUUUCGAAACGGUUUCCGACAUUAUGAAAUCGGGUUUUUCGCGGAUACCCGUGUACGAGGGUAGGAGGUCGAACAUAGUAGCCAUGCUUUUUAUAAAAGACCUUGCUUUCAUCGAUCCGGAUGACAACACGCCGUUGAAACAAUUAUGCGAUUUUUAUCAAAAUCAAUGUUAUUUCGUUUUUGAAGAUCUGACAUUAGAUGUUUUAUUUAAGCAUUUCAAAGAAGGUAACAAGGGACACAUGGCUUUUGUCACUCGUGUAAAUGCAGAAGGAGAAGGUGAUCCAUUUUACGAAGUCAUUGGUCUUGUCACAUUGGAAGAUGUCAUUGAAGAAUUAAUACAAGCGGAAAUAAUAGACGAAACAGACGUUUUCACCGACAACAAAUCGAAAAGGAAAAGAGAAAAGAAACACAUGAAACAAGAUUUUACAACGUUUUGCGAGAGGAGAGAAAAUCAAAAGAUUCACAUAUCCCCACAAUUGACUCUGGCAACGUUUCAGUACCUGAGCACAAUGGAUGCUUUCAAGCCGGACGUUAUAUCGGAAACGAUAUUGAAACGAUUGUUAAAACAAGAUGUCAUGUAUCACAUAAAAGUUAAAAAUAGGGAAAAGGGAAAAACGGAUCCCUCGACGAUAAUAUAUCAACAGGGGAAACCCGUGGAUUAUUUUGUACUCAUAUUGGAGGGAAGAGUCGAAGUGACCAUAGGAAGAGAAGAAAUGAAAUUUGAAAGUGGUCCAUUUACGUAUUUUGGAACACAAGCACUCACUCAAAACUACGGAGUUGGCGGAGAUUCACCAACAGCAGUGAUACCGACGAGCAACACGGGAAGUUUACAAUCCGUGAAUUUAGACAAUGCGAGCAGGCAAACAUUCGUUGCCGACUACACCGUCCGAGCCAUAACGGAAGUUUUUUACAUAAAAAUAAAAAGAUCGUUGUACCUGGCGGCGAAAAGAGCGACGCUCAUGGAAAAUUCUCAAAAAACUGACGAUCAUUUCGACGACGAAGUCGAUAAGUUAUUGCAUUCACUCGACGAAGAUGAUAAAAGUCAAGGGCAAACUAGUCAAGACUCACCAAUUCUCAAUAAUAGAAAUCAUACUCACGGUAGUACCGAUAAAGAAUCUCUCCAAAGGUGUAACAGUUCGCUGACGGAAUCACCGAAAUCUCCGGCGGGUAAUCCGGGGAUCCGACCGGAUUCUCCGCACGAACCCAACGGAACUCCCGUACGAACACCACUCAGCCCCGUGAAAAACAAAUUGGAAGACAACGCGUUGAUGAAAAUGUUUUCGGAAAAACAGCAACAGCAACAGCAGCAGAAUCAGCAACAGCAACAACAACAGCACGUCGAGGGAGAGGGAAAGGAGAAAAAAAAUCAAGGGGAUGAUCCAUCUCUGGAAGAAAGGACUAAUUUACUAAGGCCACAAAGUGAUGAAAUUUCUUAA